AUGGCGAGAAGGACGAUGAUUACCAAGGUCGGUGAAGGCAGCUUUGGGGUGGUGUAUGAAGUCGAGCACAUACCCACCUCGGCAAAAGUUGCCAUCAAGGAAAUGCAACUGUCCGACGACGACAGUUGGCGUCAGUGGCAAUUGGGUGAAGUAAGUAUUCCUUUCGAAAGAAGAAAACGGUUGAGGCACGAAAAUUUUUGCUCAUUCUUUCUUUAUUAUUCUGAUAGAGUGCUUGACAAAAAUGCUGCCAACAUUGUCAUGGACUGCAUGAGAUUUGAUUUGCUCUCUUAUCUCAUGCAGUAUGACCGUAAAGGACUGUCUGCUGUUCACAUACAGUCCUUUAUGUGGCAGCUGUUGUCUGGCCUCCAAUAUUGCCAUGACAACGGCAUCCUUCACAGGGACUUGAAGCCCGAAAACCUGCUCCUUGAUGAUAGCGGCAACCUAAAAAUUACCGACUUCGGGAUAGCCGCCACCGUCGAGGAGUUUGAGGGAAAAACAGAAGAUGAGACGCUUUCCCAGGUGUACAGCUUGAAGGGCACACCAUCGGAAGCCGACUGGCCUGAUCUCCCUCGUAAGUCUGCACAGAGCUUACAGGGAAUGCGAAACCACCAAUUCGAACAAUUUGGAAGCUUACCUUGCUUGCUCACUUACGACCCUGCUAAAAGAAUCACAGCUAAGCAAGCAUUGGAGCAUCCUUUCUUCGAAGGCUUCGCUACCAGCACAGCAACUUCAUCAUCAAAGUAG